UAACCUAUGAUGUUCCUUGCCUUAUGGUGUAACCAUGGGGAGAAGGAGUAAUUUGCACAAAUUCUACAAAAUCCUCAGAGAAUAUGACUGCUAACCAGGAUGUUGACUGUCAAUAUUUUAAGAUGGUUCCUUAUCACUAAUAACAAGUAGAUAAUGUACUAUGUCAACAAAGAGAUGAUAUAAAAGAGGCAGCAUUUCAGAAUCUCCCCAACUCCUGGUCCACUCUUAGCUCUUCCAGAAGAGGGACUGACAAGCUCCAACAAGAUGAAGAUUCUGCUGUUGACUCCUCUGCUUGCUCUGGUUGUUGCUAACCAGAAACCUCCAUCUGUGGAAGAACUCUCAAAGUUUUCAGGACCCUGGAACCUCAUUUUCGUUGCAGCUAAUAACAAAGAGAAGCUGGACAUAAAUGGGCCAUUCAGGACUUAUAUCUGUAAUAUUGAAUUUAAGGAUAAAGAUGGCAUGGUCAUCUUCAAAUAUUAUUCCGUAGUUAAUGGAAAAUGCAUAGGAGCAACUGCAACUAGAAAAAAAACAGGAAAUUCUUAUGAAAUUGAAUAUGCAGGUAAAACUUUAUUCCAAGUUAUUUAUGCAACAAAAGCUGCUGUGAUAGCACGUGCUACCAACGUGGAUGAGGAAGGCUUGGUCACCAAGAUGACUGAAAUCUUUGGUGACAUCCUACAGCACAAGUACUUCUUCAGCAGACCUAGAUCUGGGAACACUCCACCUUCCACAGCUAUGCCUCAUGGUCCAAUUGACUUCGCAUGCAAGAAUCCCUUCUAUUUAUGGCUUGCUCCAUAUGGGCAGGUCCUUGAUGCAGAAUGAUCAUUGUGGUCAGGAAGAUUAAAGAGGCUGUUUGGGGGGAAGAAGGAGAUGAUAAAGUCAUGCCUUCUAGAACUUUGGGCCCUAGAGAAAUAGGCAACCUGUAUCAAUUCACUUGGGAAAUCUACAAAUGGAAUCUAGUUGCCUACCACAUGGAAACUUCAAGAGGAUGAGUGGUAAAAGCACGUAUCAUGAUAUUUGGUGCCAUAAAUAAGAGAAAGAGUAUUAAAUGAGGCACAAGCCCAGAUUCUCUCCAGCAUGGAGCUUCCCUGCACUGUUCCAGAGGAGGGCUUGACAAGCACCAACGAAAUCAACAAGAUGAAAAUUCUGCUUCUGGGUCUUGCACUUGGUCUGGUUUGUGCUGACCAGGAUCUUCCAGUUGAGGAAGACUGUUCUAAGAUGACAGGAGCAUGGCAUCUGAUAACAUAAACAAGAUUGGCUCUGAUGGCCCAUUUCAGGCUUACCUCCACUCGAUGGAAUGCUUGAAUGAAAGCAAAAUUUUGUCCUACACGUUUUACGUCAAGAUUAAUGGUGAAUGCAUAAAAUACACAGAGCAGGGAGUGAGAACAGGAGAAGACCAGACCUACAGCCUCGACUGUAAGUAGUGAUGUUCUCGUAUGCUGUGCUGGUUGGAAUGUAUUAUGUCCCCCAGAAAAAGCCAUAUUCUUUGAUGCAAUCUUGUGGGGCAGACAUAUU